UGUUACAAUGCUAAUGCUUAUUGUGAAUUGUAUGAUAGAAUGAAGGGAUGUGGAAUUGUCAACAUUGAAGAUUUUGAAACAUUCGAUGUUAUUACUCAAGAAUUUGUUUAAAGAAAAAGCAUAGAAUUAUUGAAGAUAUUAUUAACAGUUGAUGAUGAAUCAUUUUAAGAAAGUGUGUUCGGAAAAAACAAGAAGUGAAUAAUAGCAAGAAGGAGAAGAACAAAUCUAAGAAGGAGAGGAGGGAGAAUAUGAGUAUGAAUACGAAUACGUCUAUGAGGAGGUUGAAGAUACAGGAGCAGUUAAUUAGACAGAGGAGAAUAGUUAAUUACAAUAACAAUAGAAACCAAAAUCAAAAUAUACUUAUACAAUUGAAAUAGAUGAUGAGGAUAAAAUGAAAUUCACAGCUCCAUAUCACAAGUUAGAUAUUAGACAAUUGGGUGGCAAUAUGGCUCAUAAAUUCUUAGGGGGCUGUUUGAUUGCUGUAAAUUCACCAGUAGAAUUCAUCAGAGCCAAAUUCCAUAAAUUACUCAAGAAAUGUGCUCCAGCCUCAGAAUACGUGAAACAAUAUCUAAAAUAACACGAAGAAAUCGAUAACGAGGAUGAGAGAUCCAAGCAAAUCCAAGCACUAUAAGAAAGCAUGAAGUUGACUAUAGCAUUUCCUGAUUUCUUGAAAAUAAAUACAUUGGAACAUUACAAAAAAUUCGUUACCAACGACCCCUUGUAUCUAGAACAAUAUAGAGCCAGAAAGGCAUUCUCACUGGAGGGAAUCAACUAUCAACUUAAUAUCCCUGAUGACAUUAUGUUGUAUCUCUUCUCUGGUAUUGCAGCAUAUACAGAAAAGUAAUCCGAAUUGGACAUCGAUUAUUAUGAGGAGGUGUAGAAGUUGGCAUCGAAUGGGUAAUUGGCUCUGAUUAUUUCUGAUGAUUCAAUGUGCUAUGGUGUCAAUUACCCCUUGAAUCACGUGGUCGUUUUUGAUGAGAUGGCUGAAAAGCGAUCCAUUGGAGCCUUGUUUUAAUUGAUAGGAAGAGCUGGUCGUGUCGGUGUUUCAUGGACAGCCAAUGCAUAUUUGGGAGAUAAGACAUUCGACAGAUUGAUCAAGUAUUUGAAUGGGUAGAAUGAGGAGACUGAGAGGGACGAAGCUUACAAUAUCGAAUAGUAAAGUAAGAGAAUGAUUUAACAUCUGAUUGAAUUGGCAAAAAAGAAAAAGGAGUAGUAAUGA